AUGGACGACUAUAAAUCGAACAAAGCGCCCAAUGCGAUGCGUUAUAGGCGGGCCGAUGGGAGCUUCAUCACACGUCAAGAAUCAUUAGAAAAUGUCAUUCUUUCGGGCCUAGCCACCUCUCACACUGAAGCGGUAGUUCGGCACCAGUCCGAAGCCCGAUACAACGUUCACUACAAUACCAAUGUCCAGAGACUGCAGUACCCAACCGACGACCAAGUGCCAGAACCUGCACAAUCACAAAAGCCCCAAUUGCCCUCUUAUGGUUGGGCCCCCGGAGGGGUCACUAUAUUCUAUGGGCCACCUCGCUUCACCGCCAUCGAUUGGACACAGGAAGCCUUCGCUGUAUGGUACUUUGUGCUCUCAGGGAGUCGCUCACAAAAACCAACAGCAGCUUCAGUGCCCAUGGACAUUCUUAUACAGAUACAUGCGCGGGAAUUAGUCCGGGUUUAUCGUACAUGCGGCCAUCAAUUCUGA